GAGUGCGAGCUUCCAAGCUCCUUCUUUCCCGCUCCGGUAGGUGCCCACACCGGGGGCGCUGAGGAACGACCCAAUGACGUGAACCGGACAACGGAACCGGCCCGAGUCCCAGAGUUCCCGGGCAGGGAGGCGCUCCUGAAGACAAGGAGACCCAAUGCGGUGUCCACUCUGAGCCCCCUUGCCAGGCAGCCCGAUGCACGCAUGCCGUUCGCCCACCUUUCCUCUUUGCGGUCGCUAGAGAGCUAAUAACGCCAGCCUCCGUUUCGCAGACACCUCCGCGGUGCCCACAGCCACCCGCGUACGAAACAGAAAUGAGGAAGAGCAGCGAGGAAGGGGCAGGUCAUGGAAUGAACACGCAUGAAAGUCCUGAGUGUUGAGCUCACAUUUCCUGGGUGCCAUCAGUGCGGGCGACUCUGGGGCGCGGACCAGAGGCUCGGAGGUGGGUGCGCCGGGAGACGGAGCACAACGACGUAUAAGGCAGCUUCAUGGAAGACAGCCCGGCGUCCUAGGCGUUGCCGGGUCCCGCGGGCGGCCCCAUGGGUCCCCUGGCCACAGCCGUCCUGGUCGCCGUGCUCUUCGACCCGGUGCUCCUGCUCGCCCAGCACGGCCGGCCCACGGAGGAGACCACGCCCGGCAUCAACGUGCAGUUCGACCUGAGCAGCAGGACCUUGACGUGGGACUGCACGCAGAAUGUCACGGCCACCGCGUGUGGCAUGACCACACAGGCCAAGGGGAUGGUGAGGCUGAAGCCCCAGAAGACAACUUGCCAGUGCUCGUUUCAAGGCCAUAUUCUGCACGAGGGCGCCAUGUUCACCGUGACGGUCAAGGUCGGCCAGAGGGAGAUGACAGAAAAGCUGCUCUACGCGCACCCAGGCGGAAACAACACGGCCGCACACAACUUCUCCUGCUUCAUCUACGACGCGGACUUCAUGAACUGCACGUGGGCCAGGGGCCGCGCAGCCCCCGACGACGUCCAAUAUUUUCUGUAUAUCUGGGACCCAAAGAGAAGAACCGAGAGACCGUGCCGUCACUACGCCACAGAGGCAGGGACCCACGUGGGAUGCCACCUGGACUUUGUCUCUGAGCUACGUCCGGAAAUUUACGUCCUGGUGAACGGCUCCAGUGAGAAAGCGGGGAUCCAGUUCUUUGAUGCCCUUCUGGUGCUGAAGAAAAUAGAAGUGCACAGCCCGCCCAGCAACAUCACCGUGGGCUGCAACGCGUCCCACUGCCUCAUCCGCUGGGAGAGGCCGCGGAGCCACCUGAGCACCUCCGACCGUGAGUUCCAGUACCAGCUGCACAUCCAGAGGCAGAACAAGGAGCGGCGAGAUGGCAACGAAAUGGUGGAGCUCUCUGGAGAUGAGGGAAACAAAUACGACUUCCACAGCCCCCAGCCCAGAGCCAGGCACACGGUCCAGAUCAGAGCGGCGGACGCCAGGGUGCUUCAGUGGGGCGCUUGGAGCCCCCCAGCGGAGUUCGGCUCCGGAGAACAGGCACGCACCCUGGUCCACGUGUACCUGCUGGUGAUCCUGGGGACCGUCAUCGGCGCCCUGACGCUUGGCUACCUCUUUAAAAGGUUCGUUGGGGUGCCGAUUCCACAGAUCAAGGACAAAGUGAACAAGGAAGAUGAUGAGAUCAUAUGGGAGAAGCUCCCCGCGGCCUCGAGGAAAGCGGAAGGCGAGGACGUCCUGACCGUGCAGGAGCUCGGCGAGUCCGCGGUCAGCGUGUGAGCCUCGCACACGGCAGCCGCGAGUCGCUCUGAAACUUUUUUUUUUUACUUAUAAAUCUUGAGAAAAAAAGAAGAAAAAACCUACCUAGAAACACUUCCAGGGGCUGACCGAGCUGCCUGCACGCCCCUGGGUCCUGCCCACUGAGCCGCCCUAAUAAAGCAGUGCCUGGGAUCCUGUUUCAACCAAUAGGACUGAGAGUUUCCUCAUCCAAUCAGAGGCUGCACAGCCAUAGCUCCCAUCGUCAUCUUCACCGACCAAUCAGAGCGGCUCAUGUAUGACCAACCAAAACAGGGCCUAUUGGACCCAUCACACUUCAAGGAGUCCUCAUUUGCAUGAAAACGGACCAAUUGGGGACCGGGGGUGGGGACUUGUGUCUAUAAAAGCGAGCUCCCCGGGGCUCUGAUAAGCAGAUUUCUGCAGCGGUCCUCGGUGCUGGUUCUGUGUCUUGUGGCUGCGCGUUGCAUCACUGUUGAGCUGCACGUCCUCUCGCUCUUCUGCAAUUUGGGAGUUUCCUGUGGCUGUUGAAUGCGUGCGAAACACCGUAGCCUCACACCUCCUACGGGACCCUCUUGUGCUGAGUGCAAGAAGCCAGAUGGAGAAAAGACACACUAUACCGUCUCACCUAGGAGUGGAACCUAAUCAACACAACAAACUAAUGAACAGGACGGAACCAGCGACGUGGGAAGGAGGAGCAGACUGACA